CAUCAUUUUCUGCCCCUUACAAACAGACCUUUGAAGACAAAACAAGAGAAGAAGAAUCAGGAAAUAAUCAGCUCUGAUACCAUGAAUAUCAUGGAAUCGAAUGACGUGGAAGAAGAUGGCUUAUAUACAGAAGAUGGGACAGUUGACAUUAAGAACCAACCUGCGAACAAGUUAAAGACUGGAAGAUGGAAAGCAUGCAGGUUUAUACUUGGAAAUGAAUGCUGUGAAAGAUUGGCGUACUAUGGCAUGAGUACAAACCUAGUGAACUAUCUCCAGACCCGUUUCAACCAAGGAAAUACAACUGCUGCAACUAAUGUCACAACCUGGUCAGGGACAUGCUAUAUCACCCCAUUACUUGGAGCCUUUUUGGCUGAUUCAUACCUGGGAAGAUACUGGACAAUUGCUACUUUCUCAAUUAUCUACGUCCUUGGAAUGGCAGUUUUAACAUUUUCUGCUACUAUCCCCGGAAUAAAACCAGCAUGUGAUUCUAAUGGUUGCCAUCCAACAUCAGCACAAACUGCAGCUUGCUUUGUAGGACUCUACUUGAUUGCUCUGGGAACCGGAGGUAUCAAACCCUGUGUCUCAUCCUUUGGUGCCGACCAAUUUGAUGACAACGAUGAGACUGAGAGGAUAAAGAAGAGUUCUUUCUUCAAUUGGUUUUAUUUCACAGUUAAUAUUGGCUCACUUAUUGCUUCGUCAGCGUUGGUUUGGAUUCAAACGAAUGUGGGUUGGGGAUGGGGAUUUGGAAUACCUGCUGUGGCAAUGAUCAUUGCAAUUAUAUUUUUCUUCAUUGGUAGUAGAUGGUACAGACUUCAACGACCUGGAGGAAGUACCAUUACAAGAAUUUCUCAAGUUAUAGUGGCAGCGUGCAGGAAAUCUAUGCUACAAGUGCCUGAUGACAAGUCGCUUCUUUAUGAGAUUGAAGACGCAGAAGCUAACAUCAGAGGAAGCCGCAAAAUGCCACACACACAUCAAUUAAAGUGAGUUCUCUCAACCAUUCAUGCACGCUAUAAUUCAGUACCUGGCCUUACACUUAAAAAAAAGGCCAUGUAUUGGA